CGUCAAACGUCCUGUAAACAAUAACAAACCCGAUGCAAUAGAACAGCUGCACAGCUGCAGUUUACCGGCCGGCAACGAAGCUACCUCCCGACCAUGGAUGAAGAUGACGAACUAUUGGCCGCGCUGGACAUACCGCCGCCCGCGAAACAAACGGCCGUAAGCGAAACAAAAGCUCCCUCCAACACAACAACAGCGACGACAGCAGAAACACCGACCACCGCCCCAGUCGUGGUGGCGGCCAAGGUAAACAAAAGCCACUGCAUCCUGGUCAACCCGAAGCAGCGCGGCAAUCCGCUGCUGAAAGCCAUCCAGACCAUACCCUGGGAGUACGAUGACGUCGUGCCGGACUACGUGGUCGGGGCGAGCGCCUGCAUCCUCUUCCUGUCGCUGCGCUACCACAACCUCAACCCGGACUACAUCCACGCCCGGCUGAAGCAGCUGGGCAAGAUGUACGAGCUGCGAGUGCUGCUGGUGCAGAUCGACAUUUCCGAGCCGCAGAAUGCGCUCAAGCACCUGACGCGCAUCUGCCUGCUGGCCGAUCUGACGCUGAUGCUGGCCUGGAACGCGGACGAGGCGGGCCGCAUCGUGGAGAAGUACAAGCUGUUCGAGAACCGACCGCCGGACUGGAUCAUGGAGCGGGCGGAGAAGUAUCCGCACGAGAAGCUGGUCCGCGCGCUCACCAGCAUCAAGCCCGUCAACCAGACGGACGCGAUGAUACUGCUGCAGAACUUUGGCACGCUCGGCAAGCUGAUCAACAGCAGCGAGGAGCGGCUCAGCAUGUGCUCCGGGCUGGGGCCGAGAAAGGUGAAGAAGCUGCACAAAACGUUUAGUGAAAGCUUUCGUAAGUAGGGCCUGGGAUGGAAUGCCAGAACAUGCUUCGGGCCGUGGCAAAAGAGAAGAAAAUAAUUAUGCUAAGAGUGAAUAAAUUUAUGUGAUUAAAUGUGAGCUGGAAACCCAGAAACUGUGCAAGUAAUAAAACCAUUAUUUCAUUGUA